AUGAAGAUCACUCUAGCGUUUCUGCUUUCAGUGGUAGCUGCCAAACAGGUGGCGUCUCCUAUCACCUCCUUUGCUAUGGGUCAGGCCAAUGACGUCAGCAACAAGGAGGGCUACGCCGGCAGCAAAUGGGAGCUUGAUUACACCUUUUCUCUCCGUCCCGAGCAGGAUGGUGUUGUUCCCGGCGACUUCUUCACCUUUGACGUUGAUAACAAGCUCAGUCUUGAAGCAGGCAACUAUGACUUUAUGGUGAAGGAUCCCAGUGGCAACGACAUUAUGCGAAUUGCCAAUGAGGGUCACACCUUCACAGCUACCUACACCGACUAUGUGGAGGAUAAGAACCACCAGAUCUCUGGCGACUUUUUCAUGCAGGCCACUCUCUCUUCUUCUCAAAUUUCUGGACCCGGCGCUUACACCGUCACCACCUACUCCGAGGGCAAGUCUUUCUCCGAUACAAUCUAUAUCAAGGCUGCGGUUGAGACUUCCGGCGCCUACAAGUUUGCCCAGCGUGAAAAUAACCGAAUCAAGUGGACCAUCCAGCUUCCUGCUUCUCCUUAUGAUCGAAUGAAGGUUGUCGACAAGCUCGACGGUGAUGGCUCUUACUACGGUUCUCCCGACGAGCUUCUCCAGGACAUGUCUCUGCAGUUCUACAAGGGUCUCACCCCCACCUGGGACUACGAGUCUGUCGAGAAGAUUGACAAUGUUGACCAGUACAUCCAGCUUACCGACUUUGACAACUAUGGCUUCACUCUGUACGUCAACAACGUUCCUCAGGAUGACAUCACUGUCCAGAUCACCUUCUACUCCGACAUCAUGUACCGACAGGAACAGUACACCAACGCCAUGGACUGGGUUUUGUGGGAGUACGGCUGGGGCCAUCUUCCUGAGGGCACCGGUUCUGGAGAAGGUGAAGGUUCCGGUGGAAACAUCAACAAUGGUUACUUCCGAACUGGCCACACUACCGGUGGGGCUCCCUGGGAGUCCCAGGAGGGCGAUUGGGACUUGGAUGCUGGUGGAAACGGUGACGGUGAGGGUGGAAGAAGCUCCAAGCCUGUUCCCCCCUACCGAUCCACCACUGCUGUCUCCAGCACCCCCGAGUCUUCCUCUAUGCCCAUCACUUCAGAGUCUUCUUCCUCUGAGCCCUCUUCCACUAUGGAGCCUUCUUCGUCUAUUCCCGAGUCCAGCUCUGAGCCCACCUCUUCUGCUCCUGUGACCUCUUCUGAGGAGCCCUCAUCCAGCAUCCCCGAGACUUCUUCGGCACCUGAGACUUCUUCGGCACCUGAGACUUCUUCGGCCCCCGAGACUUCUUCGGCACCUGAGACUUCUUCGACACCCGAGACUUCUUCGGCCCCCGAGACUUCUUCGGCACCUGAGACUUCUUCUGAGGAGCCCUCUAGCACUCCCGAGCCUACUCCUGAGCCUACUCCCGAGCCUUCCUCUACCAUUGUGCCCUCCACUUUCUCGUUCUUCAACUCCAGCACUGUUCCUGAGACCACUUCUGCCCCCGUGACCGUAAUUGAGUUCUCUUCCUCUGAGCCCAUCCCCGAGUCAUCCACAGUCGAGUCCUCCAGUGAGUCCUCCAGUGUCCCUAUCACUUCCUCUGAGCCCUCUUCUAGCGCCCCCAUCACCACCAUGGAGCCUUCUUCUUCUCCCUCUCCCACUCCCUCAUCCACAGACCCUUGUCUCGAGACUGUGACGGUGACCGAGUCUGGAAUCGAGUCGGUUAUUGUCAACGACAUCUGCUCCACUCCCGUGCCCACUUCCUCCGACCCCUGCGUUGUUGUCGAGUCCACCACCAUCUCCGGCACUCCUACAGUCGUCACCUCUGACAUCUGCCAGACCUCGUCCGCUCCUGUCAGCUCCACCGACCCCUGUCUUGAGACCGAGAUUGUAACUGUGUCUGGAACUCCUACCACCGUUACCAAUGACAUCUGCUCUACUGCCCCCGUCACCUCCGCUGAUCCUUGUCUCGAGACUGAGGUGGUUACCGUCUCUGGUACUCCCACCACCGUGAUUAACGACAUCUGCGCCACGUCUUCGACCCCCGUUGACGAGUGUCUCACUACCUCUGUUGUCACUGUCUCUGGAACUCCUACAACCGUCACCGAGGACAUCUGCAAGACCACAUCUGCACCUGUUACCUCUGUUGAUCCCUGCCUGGAGACCUCCGUCGUGACCAUCUCCGGCACCCCCGUCACCGUGUCCAAGGAUAUUUGCUCCUCUACCAUGUCGGACCCCUGUCUCGAGAUUGCUACCGUCACCGUCUCCGGUAUCGAGUCCACUGUCACCGAUAACAUUUGUUCCACAACCCUGUCUGUCACCGACCCCUGUCUCGAAACCGCUGUUGUGACUGUCUCUGGUGUCGAGUCCACCGUCACCAACGACGUCUGCGAAUCCCCCGCACCCACCUCGUCUAACCCCAUCACAUCUGCUGACCCCUGUCUCGAAACCGUUGUCGCAUCCAUCUCUGGCACCCCCACUACCGUGAUUAACAACAUCUGCACCACCUCUGCUCCCGUUGACCCUUGUCUUGAGACCGUCACUGCCUCGGUUUCUGGCUCCACUACCAUUGUGACCAACGACAUUUGUAAGACCGUUGAUCCUUGCAUCACGACCGAGGUUGUCACUGUUUCGGGCACUCCCGCCACUAUGACCAAGGACGUGUGCCAGACCACCGCUGACCCUUGCCUUGAGACUGCCAUUGUGACUCUCUCGGGCACCCCUGCUACCGUCACCAAGGACAUCUGCACUUCUGCCGACCCUUGUGUUGAGACCGAGGUUGUGACAGUUUCCGGAACCGAGUCCACCGUCACCAAGAACAGCUGCAUCACUUCUACCCCCGUUGCUGAUCCUUGUGUUGUCACUGAGACCAUCUCUUCCGGUACUAUCACCGAGGUUAUCACUCGGGACAUUUGCACUCCUGCCCCUACUCCCGUUGUCACCUCCACUGUCACUGUGCCUGCCACCAUCACCAAGACUAUCACUGUCUGCGAAGAGGAGGUUUGCACUACCAUUCCCGUUACUUUGACCACUGCCCUUGUUCUCUCCACCACCGAGAUUGUUACUGUGGUUGACAAGAAGACCGUGACCAUCACUGUGUGCGACGAGGACUUUGAGACUGUCACCCCUACCCCCGAGGUGACCACCAAGACUGUGGUUGUUACCAAGCCCGUCACCCUCACCGAGACUGUCUGUGACGAGAUUGACUGCACCACUAUCCCCGUGACUGUUACUCCUACUGAGCCCACCCAAACUCUGACCACUAUCAUCGAGAACAAGACCAUUACUCUGACUCUUGAGACUCCCGUCGUCGAGGUUGAGACCGAGACUGUAGUUGUUGACGUCCCUGCUUCCAAGGUCACCCCCGUGCCCGAGGCUCCUGCUUCCAAGCCUAUUACUCAGACUAUCACUACUGUGAUCGAGGACAAGACCCUGACUAUUACUCAGGAGACCAUUGUGCCUAUUAUUCCUGUCGCCACUCGACCCGUUCAGUCUGUUGUUCCUCAGGUUCCUGUUGAGCCCGCCCAGCCCGCUAAGUCCGACUCUCCUGUUAUGCCUACUCCCGAGCAACCUACUCCCGAGACUCACAUUCAGCCUGAGACUCCCGUCCACCCAGAGCUUGUUACUCCCGAGACUCCCGUCAACCCUGAUGUCCCUGUGCAGCCUGUUCCUGUUCCUGAGACUCCCGAGACUCCCAUCAACCCUGAUGUCCCUGUGCAGCCUGUUCCUGAGACUGAGACUCCCAUUACCCCCGAAUCUCCUGAGUCUCCCAAGUCUCCUGUUGAGCCCGUCCCCGAGACUCCUCAGGCCCCCAUUAACCCCGUGCAGCCUCAGACUCCCGGCCCUAGCCCCGAGACUCCCCAGGCUAACUCUGGUUCUCGUCUGGCCGUCUCCGGCCUUGCCCUGAUGCCUUUCGUGGCUCUGCUUCUUUAA